AUGUCUUUGAUAGCAGUGGCACAAUUCUGUGCUUCAAUUGACACAGAAAAAAACCUUGAGAUUUGCACCAAAUUGUUAAAAGAUGGUGCUCAAAGAGGUGCAAAGGUUUGUUGUUCUUCAUCAGAUUUCAUCACCUCAAAUUCAGAACAAAUAGCAAAUUUAACAUCCUUAUAUUCAAAAAAUUUUGUUGAUUCAAUUUCAAAUAUUGCGAAAGAACAAAAAAUUUGGGUGUCAAUUUGUGUGCAUGAAACAAGCUCACACUUGGAUCAUGUAUAUAAUGCACAUCUGUUAAUUAAUUCAGAAGGUAUAAUCAUAGAGAAAUAUUAUAAAUUACAUUUAUAUGAUGUGGAAAUUAGAAAUGAGUUAAAAAUGUUGGAAAGUAAAACAACUUUAAAAGGUGAAAAAAUUAUUGAUCCUGUAACAACUCCAUUAGGAAAAAUUGGAUUGAUGAUUUGUUAUGAUUUAAGAUUUCCAGAAUUAUCUUUAGAAUUAAGAAAACGAGGCUCCGACAUAUUAACUUAUCCUUCUGCUUUCACUGUUAAAACUGGCCAAGCACAUUGGGCUAUCGAAACUCAAACUUAUGUUGUGGCAAGUGCACAAAUUGGUCAACAUGAUCAUAAACGUGCCAGUUUUGGCAAUGCAAUGAUAAUAGAUCCUUGGGGAACAGUGUUGGCAAGAUGUCCAGACACAUCAGAUCCAUCAAUUGCUUUAGCAGAAAUUGAUCUCAAUAGAUUAAAUAAAAUAAGAAGAGAAAUGCCUGUAUUAUCUCAUCGUAGAACUGAUCUAUUUAAUUAA